AUGCCGGGUCCUAAAAUGGGUCCGCGACCUGCGGAUUUUAACGAAGAUCUUGUCCGAAACAGCCCUACUUUCCACAAGUGGGAAAAGCUCAAGACAGGCGAAAAACUCCGGUAUGCUUGUAGGGACUUCAUUAAGGGACAUGACCAAGAUGAAGAACGCUUGAUGCGAAGGAUCAUGAUCGCUCGGCGAAACAAUCUUCGUGAUCAUGCGAUUCUGAAAAAGGCGCGUCGAAAACAAGAUCAUGAUGAAAAUGAUAUUGUUCCUGGGGUGGAAAAUAUUCCCAUCGUAGCAGUAGUGGUGAAGCCUGAAGAAACCGUCCAGCCCCGCAAACGACGACCUGCCUCCACCUUUAGUGACAGUCAGGUCAUGAAAGAAAUGGAUGUUUCAGCUGUUGAAGCCACUCGAUCGUAUCGGAACUGGAUGGCAUUGAAAGAAGGAGAAGAGUUUACGUACAAUCAAAAAUACACCAAAGGAAAAGAAGGGCAUGAUUGGUUGCUACGAAAGAACAUUUGGCGUAGAAUGAGGUACCGCCGAGAAAACAAGAAAAUGGUCUGCAAAAUGCGAGAAGACGACCCGUCCUUGGUUGUAUCCGAUACCAGCGAUACCCGCGAUGGUGGCCAACAGCAUCAGGAGGCACCCAAACCCCAAGCGGAGAUUCCACCUUCCGCCGAUCCCCAACAAGUCCUGCCACCACUCCUAGCCACGGCAGCAGCUCCAGCUUCGAUCGAUGUCGCCACCAUGCCCCCCACAGCGUCGGAGAUUGUCGACCAAGCCCUGUCGCCACUCGAGGUUGCCACUUCUGAGGUAGCGAUCCCCGUGGUCAAGAUGGACAGCGAGCCUCCCCCUCUCACCGGAGGAGUGUCAGCGGACACUCCCGUACUAGAGUCUGUGGCCGGUAUCAAACGGGAGAUUUCAGAUGCAGACAUCAACAUGGAACAUCAUCUUCAGCAGCACCCUGGGAAAAUUGCCCGGAUAGAUCCAGAGAUUGCAACUAUUCCUGCUACAGCUACCCUACCUACAAUUGACCCCUUGGCUUCUGUCAAGGUGGUCAACCCGCUCCCUCAUACCGCAGACGCCCCUCCCAUCAUGUUGACUGACACGGCUGUAGUUCUGCAUUCCGACACAGCGCUGGAGACAACGAUUCAUCAUCAUCAUGUAGACUUGCCCCCGCCCCCAGCAGAACAUCAUCACCAUGAUCCUCAUGAUGAUGCAGCUCUCACAGCGGCGGCUGCCGCGACAGCAUCAGCAUCAGGCGCCGCUGAUGAUUUGGUAGAACUCUCGGCUGUGGAAGCCGCAGUGGCAGCUGCUGCCAGCUAUGUACAAUACCAGAACCAGGCUCACCACGAUGAUGAUGACGACGAUGAUGUGAUCGAUGAUGACACCUUGCAUCAUCACCAUCAUUCGCCUUCGGUAGUUCACAACCCUUUGGAAGCAGCCGCUAAUGCAGCAGCGCUGGAUUCAGCAGCCAAACUAGCUGCAGCAGCUGCUGCUCAGGAAUCCACGAGUCAUGAAGAGGCCAUGCAAGUUGUCCUAAAGACGGAAGACAUCUUGAUACAUCAUCCAGGGAUGCCCGAUGUAGCAAAUGAGACAGCUGUCUAG